AGCGUUGUUUUCGUAUGUGGGUGCUUUCGUAUGUGGGUCAUUGAUUUUUACUUGCUUGCUUUAUCGAUCUAGUUUAAUUAAGUUUAAAAUGUUUAGUGCGCUCAUGAUCGGCUGCUCAGAGUUUCCGUUUAGUGUGUUCUAACAUAGGCUAUAGCCGAAGGAUAUAUGUUCGUUGGUGGUCCGUUGCGGUAGUUCGAAAAUGGCAAAAUACAGCUUCAAAACAAUUAGCCAGAAACACAAAACUUUUCCGGCGGACCUGAAUAUGUACGGAAUGAAGUGCAAAUCGCAGCUGUUGGAGGAUCAGGAGAAUGUCACUCUGAUUAUCAAUCGACGGAACUCAAUUCAACGGAAGCCGAAAAGUUGGACGUGGACCCUGCUACGGUGCAGGUGGCAGAAAAAGCUAGUACUUUUGUUAAUAUUUAUCUGUAUGUGUGUUUUAAUUGUUUUCGCCAAUACGCAUUUGCUGGUACGGGGCAACAUAUUGUCGGCGUUCCUUUCCAGCCGACUGAACAAGCUGUCGCAUCCAGAGAAGCAGGAGUCCAAGUACUCGGAUGUCCAGCAGACCACUGCCGCCGUUCCGCCCGUCCUGCAGCCCACACACUACCUGCUGAACUACUCGUCCACGCAACAGGAGCUGGGAGCACAUCUAAACGGGCUAUCCUCGGACUACAACAUCUUUGUCAUCUAUACCCGGGAGAACUAUCAUCUGAACCUCAAGUUCGACUUAUUUGCACACAGCUUGCUUAAACACACCAGUGCCCAGCUGCACUUGCAUAUUAUCACGGACAGCGAGAGCCAAGUGUCUGUUAUGGAGAUCCUGCAGCGACAAAUCCGGCGGUUCAGGAGAACAGUGAUAUAUACGAUUUACGACGUCAAAGUCUGCUCUAGCAUAAUCCAGGAUAUAGCCGCUCGACUGUCCCCGUACUUUAGCUCAACACCCAACUCCUAUUAUAGUGACUCCCUGUUUUUCCUGUCCCUUGGAUUGCACAGAAUCGCCGAUAGAAGCUUAAAUAGAGCCAUUUUGCUUGAUUGUGAUAUAGUCUUCCGUUCAGAUGUCCGGCUGCUGUUCAAUGAGUUUGAUAACUUUCUGCCACACCAGCUAUACGGCUUGGCCCCAGAAUUAACUCCCGUAUACCGCCAUAUAUUGUAUCGUUAUCGCGUUCGCUAUCCAAAGACCAGUUUCGGUAAUCCUUACUAUCCAAUGAACAACGAAGCUGGAAAUCAGCAUAGCCACAUCCACCACGGCUAUCCGGGGCUGAACUCUGGCGUGGUCCUACUGCUCCUCAACCGCAUCCGAAACUCAAAGGCCUAUCUGGAGAAGCUGACGCACACGGAGGUGCACACUCUGGUCGCAAAAUACUCUUUCAAGGGCCAUCUGGGGGACCAGGACUUCUUCACUCUUCUCGGAUACGAGUACCCCAACUUGAUAUACAGACUAGACUGCAUUUGGAACAGACAGCUGUGCACUUGGUGGAAGGAUCACGGCUACAGCGACAUAUUUGAUGCAUAUUUCCGGUGCGAAGGCAAUAUUAAAAUGUACCACGGCAAUUGUAAUACACGCAUUCCCGAAUAAUUAAAUAAAAUUGUUAUAGUACUAUUAGAA